AUGAUGCUUCAUGAUCCAGCACCUGCCAACAGCCCACUUCCUACCAGCAGCCAGGGAGAGGAUCCGGUUGACGGUAUCAUCUACGAAUAUAAAUGCAGUGCCUAUGCAAAAAAAGAUUAUCUGUUAAAAACAACAGCCUCCAGCGCCCUAGACUGUGCCCGGCAGUGUGCUGCGCAAGCAACUACCACUGGCAGUCAAUCCUGCCACGCCGCCAACUGGGGCCCGUUGAACAGCGAAUGCCAUCUAUACGGUAGCGGAUUCCAGCAGAAGGCCGAUACCUCAGGCGACUGGAUACUUCUAGUCCGCACUGAUCGAGCAGCUCAGGAUUGCCAGAGUCUUAUUGAUCAGGCAGUCGGAACGGAGAAGAUGGAUUGUCAGACCAAGUUAAACGACAAGGACUUGGAAAAGACCACAGCCGUGAAUACGGAGAAGUCUGCCUGCACCAAGCAAGUCAACAAUGAGAAGUCCGCUUGUACCAAGCAAUCGAAUGACAGAAAGAAAUAUGACUAUACCAAGAAGAAAUUCACAAAAGGAAAUUGGUUACUUAACCCAUCUUCUGGGGAGUUGACAGCCCGGGUUGGCUAG